AUGGGGAUAUUGACUCCCUUCUCAGCCCCGCCAGAAGUCAUUGCUUCAUGGCCGACUCCCAACUUUGUCAACCCAGAUGACAGGGGGCCUGCACUGGUCUAUGUGUGUAUCAUCUUCACCGUUAUAGGCGUCCUCCUCGUUGCGGCCAGAAUAUAUUCACGCCUCUUCAUCACUCGGGCUCCUGGAGUGGACGAUCUCCUUGUCAUUUGUGGCCUAGUCCCUGCUAUUGCUUUGUCAGUCCUGGUAAUCAUUGGCAACAAGAUUUAUUUCAGCGGACGGCAUGUCUGGGACAUCCCGAUAUCAAAGUUUCCUGGUCAUCGCUUGAAUGUUUGGAUCAGCAUGUGGUGUUAUGUUAUUGCCAGCACGUUUGUCAAAAUCAGUGUUCUACUCUUCUAUCGCCGACUCAGCGUCAAAUUCAGUAAGAUAUUUCUCAUCGCAACAUGGGUGGGCAUCGUCUACAAUCUUGUCUACAUGGCUGGCUUCGGCAUGGCAUUAUUACUCAUUUGCGACCCUGUUUACGCAUACUGGCAAAGCUUCGACCGGCUUUGGGCAUCUUCCCACAAGUUUCGCUGUCGGACGGAAGGUACUUCGCUGCCCGUCUCAGGAGGAUUGAGUGUCCUUGGAGACUUGUACAGCACACUACUCCCGGUCUUCCUCGUCUAUUAUCUUGAUCUACCGCGACGGCAGAAGUUUGCACUGUAUGGCUUGUUUGCACUCGGCUUCCUCUCCGUCGCUGCUGGCACCGUUCGAACUGUCCUUCUGUACAAAAUGCUGAACACAGAUUUUGAUUUCACGCGGAUACUUUGGGAAACUUGGAUAUGGGGAGUUGUCGAGUUAUACGUAGCCAUUUGGGCCGCGAGCGCACCAGCCCUCAAACCUUUCUUCAAAAAAUAUUUUGUGGAAUCCAUUGGAAGUAUCGCCAAGAACAAAGAUGAUGGGGUGUGGUAUCCAUCGCAUGGAGGUCUGAGAAAGAAGGCCCUGAGCGAGGAUUCUUCCAAUUUCCACGAUAGUCUCAUCGUGGGCAAUGUGGCCAAUAUUGGUGUCGCCCAUUCCGGCACAGAUGAAGAACUCCGAUCAAGAGGAUUCCUGAAGGACAUCGGCAACCUAGAAACCCGGAAUUUCCAGAUGAGAAAGAGUGCGGAUGGUAAAAUGGUACCGAUGCAAGUCUACCGUGCAGGGCAAAGCGAAAGAUCAUCAGGACUACCUGCCACCGAAAUUACUCGACCGCAUAAUUCCACAGGCACAGGGGUCUCCCAAUGGAUCGAAGAUUGGCCAAUGCCCCCCGGGUCAGCAGGAGUACACCGAAGUCGACCGGACUUCGAAUCUCGGGGCUCACAACAGACCAUCCACGUUGGUCUACAGCUGGAACCAUCAGUCGCACCAUUCAACAUCCCACGAAACUCUCAAGGAAGCAUAGUAAGCGGCAAGCGCAAGGCCCAACAGAACGUGAAUUAUCCUUAUGCAUAUCGACCUGGAUCCAAUCCCCAGUCAUUUGAUAGCUUCAACCACGACGGGUUAGGGGUUGGUUCACGACUCGAAUCACCCAGCAACUCAGACCCAUCGCUAUACAUGGACGAGAAACCGCCGUGGAACACGAUACGAACGUCCAGCAGCAUUGUGAAGACCGAGAGGAGUGAGAGCGAUGAGACGCUGCAUCUACCACGCAUGGGAAGUCGGGAUUUUGAUCCCGAGAGGAGAAGCGCUGCCAGGCCUGGUGCACCUGCUGGUUAUGCGAUAUGA